AUGUAUAGCCGUCGUUUUAUUGCUGUAGCGACGCUUAUUGGUAGUUGUGUUGCUAGCCCCUGCAAGCCUCACUCGUCGUUUGGCACAACCACGAUUGCCACGUUUAACACCAUUGAAGCCACAUCAACUACCGACACUACUGAUUCCUGGAGCGCCAUCGAAACCACUACAGCCUUCACAGACACCGCAGCGGUUGGCACUUAUGAGACCUCGACGUGGUCUGCCGAGAUUCUGACCUUUGAGUCCACGACCACCGUUGAACCCACAACUACCACAGCUGCCACCGAAACCACGAAAAAUGUAGAACUCACGACUACUACAACCGCUGUCGAUGCCCCUACUCCCCUCACAACGUUCACCCUCAAGGUCGGCAACUCAGUUCAAAUGGACCUCAACGGAGAAACAAUCAAGAUCAGGGACAGAGACCCCUACUUUAUUUUCCUCAAGACCAGCCCUGCUGUUGCAAGCCAAUAUCAAACCGCUACCUUUUCGGUCGAGCCGUCGACAAAUUAUCUCAAGAUAGGCAAUCUCUACGUAGUUGCCGCUGCUGCACCACAUAGCUCUCUCUCUGCCGCAAGUAGUCUGGACCGAACAAGCUAUAUUAUUUGCACUCCGCCUGUAGCUGCUGGAGAAACGCUGGCUUGUGUAGUGCAGGGCACAACCCGAACACAGUGGAUGGUGGUUACAGGAACCGGCGAGAAGGCUUUGUUCAUCAGGGACGUGGGCUCUAAUGAUGGAUUCGACAAUUUUGAUAUGAUUGUGGGAUAA